AUGACAUCUACCUCGGACAGGGAUUUCUUUCGUGUCCUAUGGGGAUCGCGCAUCAUGCCAAAAUGGAAGCUUUUUAUCUGGAAAUUGUGGCAUAACGGACUAGCUACAAAACGAAAUCUUUACCGAUGCAAGAUUGGCGAUUCUAGUGAAUGUCCGAUUUGCCUGCAUGAUAUUGAAGAUACAUAUCAUCUUUUUCUCUCUUGCCCCUUGGCACUCGAGGCUUGGGCACAUCACAAUUUCGGAAUGAACCAAAACACAGGUAACGAUCUCUCCUUGCGUGAUUGGAUUCGUUACUGGCUACUUUUCUUCUACAAAGCUGACGGCUACCAAGGGGGCCAACAAACGGGGUUUGUCGGCACUCUAUGGACGAUAUGGCUGUUACGGAAUGAUCAGGUAUUUCGACAGUGGAGGCCGACUACGGCUUCAAUACAUAUGAACCUUCAACAGAGUGACGAACAACAUGCUACCUUUAUCGUUGAGAGGAAUGAGCAGUCUAGGAUGCUCAGGGACCCAACGACGCCUCCAGGGUUCCACUUAGCACACCUUGGGAAUCAGCAGUCAGGGGAGAGGCCACUUAAGAUGCAGAUUCGUGCAGCGUGGGAUAAGUGUAACCUCUUGACGGGAAUUGGAUGGGUCAUUUCCUCUUCGCCUAAUCAACAUCCAAGGGAGUAUGGGUGUUUUUCCUAUGCUUCAUCAGCAAUAGCUGUUGUGUUAACGGCGUGCCUUAAGGCAGUUACUUGGGCUAGGACUGCUGGGUACACAAAUAUUAUUAUUUUGACGUCGUCCGCUCAACUACUUCAAAUUCUUCAGUCUAGUGAUUAUCAAGAUAUCAACAUCAAAUGGACUAUCGACGCGAUAAGGACCAACGACUUCUCGUUCAAUUCUUGUCAAGUCAUCCGAGUCUGCAGUUCACAGAUAACAUAG